GCGCGUGCUGCGGCUGCAGUGAUUAAAUAUCUGUCAUCUCGCUGCGCUGCGUGCUUGAUAUUACCGACUGAAACGGAAGAUUUACUGGGAACAUACCGGAUAAAACCCCUCCGACCGGACACCGAUGGCUUCAUGACUCUCUGUUUUCUAAUGGCUGUUAGACUGCAGUCGAGCUGACAGGAGCUUUAUCUGUGGAUCACACACACACACACACACCUUGCUGUACACCUCUCUGGUCGAGAUGCGAGGCCUCCUGCUGAUUGCCAUUCUCCUCCUGCCGGUGGUUUGCUCCAUGUAUUCUGAGAACUCAAACUGUGUGGUCAAAAGACAGCAGGAGAGAUGUAUGGAGAGGAUCGCCCUGCACAACCUAACACACUACCUGGACGAUGGCUGUCCGUGGAUGUGGGAUUACCUGGCUUGUUGGCAGGCCGCAGCCGUAGGCGAAGUGGUAUCAGUCAGAUGUCCUGACGUCUUCCACGACUUCCUGAGUCCUGACGAUGAGAUUGGUUGGGUCAGUAGGAACUGUACAGCAGAGGGCUGGUCAGAAACAUUUCCUCACUACAUUGACGCCUGUCUGUCAGACGAUAACACCACCAGACCGGAGAUGCACUACGCGUCUGUGAAAGCUCUGUACACAGUAGGAUACAGCAGCUCUCUGGUCUCUCUCUCCACCGCCAUGGCUCUACUCUGCAGGUUCAGGAAGCUCCACUGUACCAGGAACUAUAUUCAUAUGAACCUGUUCUUUUCCUUCAUGCUGAGAGCGGUGUCUGUCUUCAUCAAGGACUGGGUUCUCUAUACACAGGAGGAUGAAAACCACUGCUUCACACACACCGUGGAGUGUAAAGCAGUGAUGGUAUUAUUCCACUACUGUGUGAUGUCCAACUACUUCUGGCUGUUCAUCGAAGGCCUGUACCUCUUCACCCUGCUGGUCCAAACCUUCUUCCCAGAGAGACGAUACUUCUACUGGUACACCGUGGUAGGAUGGGGUACUCCCACCAUUUGUGUGACUGUCUGGGCUACUCUGAGGCUUCACUUUGACGACACAAGUUGCUGGGAUACCAACAACACCACUGCCCUCUGGUGGGUGAUCAAGGGACCUACGGUCGUCUGCAUCAUGAUCAACUUUGUCCUGUUUGUUGGGAUCAUAGUCAUUCUGGUCCAGAAGCUCCAGUCGCCUGACAUCAGAGGGAAUGAGUCCAGUAUCUACCUCAGCUGUGCUCAGAAAUGCUUCAGUGAGCCCACUCAGGCUGUGCAACAUUCCUGCAGGAUGUCAGAGCUAUCAGCCAUCACACUGCGCCUGGCUCGGUCCACCCUUUUACUCAUCCCCCUCUUCGGGAUCCACUACACUGUGUUUGCCUUCUCACCAGAGGACGUCAGCAAGAACGAGAGGCUGGUGUUUGAGCUGGGCCUGGGAUCUUUCCAGGGUUUUGUUGUGGCUGUCCUCUAUUGUUUUCUCAAUGGAGAGGUGCAGUCUGAGAUCAAGAGGAAGUGGCAUAGCUGGAGGAGGAACCGGUAUUUUGCCGUGAAUCUGAAGCACCAGCAGCGCCACCCGUCCCUGGUCAGCAGCGCGGCCAACGGGGGAACACAGCUCUCCAUGCUCAGUUCCAAGAGCUCCUCCGCCUUACAGAUACGCAUGGGGGGCCCCCUGGCCGAGACGCCGUCCACACUCAGCCUGCCCACCUGAUUGGCUGAGACACCUAGCUGAGACCUCGCCCACCCUUAAGCAGAACACCUGAUUGGCUGAGACCCCACUGGCCCACCGGAUUGUGUAAUUGGCUCAGACCCCUCACCAACCAAUUAUCUUCCCAGACAAUUCAGAUCCAUGUUCUUUAUCUUUAGAAAAGAAGAAGAGUUGAUGCUCUUUUACAACUAAUAUGUUCAAACAGAGUAACUAACUCCUCCCACUAGCCAGGCUCCUCCCAUAGAGUAACUCCUCCCACUAGCCAGGCUCCUCCCAUAGAGUAACACCUCCCACUAGCCAGGCUCCUCCAAUAGAGUAACUAACUCCUCCCACUAGCCAGGCUCCUCCCAUAGAGUAACUCCUCCCACUAGCCAGGCUCCUCCCAUAGAGUAACACCUCCCACUAGCCAGGCUCCUCCCAUAGAGUAACACCUCCCACUAGCCAGGCUCCUCCCAUAGAGUAACACCUCCCACUAGCCAGGCUCCUCCCAUAGAGUAACUCCUCCCACUAGCCAGGCUCCUCCCAUAGAGUAACUCCUCCCACUAGCCAGGCUCCUCCCAUAGAGUAACUAACUCCUCCCACUAGCCAGGCUCCUCCCAUAGAGUAACACCUCCCACUAGCCAGGCUCCUCCCAUAGAGUAACUCCUCCCACUAGCCAGGCUCCUCCCAUAGAGUAACUCCUCCCACUAGCCAGGCUCCUCCCAUAGAGUAACUCCUCCCACUAGCCAGGCUCUCUCAUAGAGUAACUAACUCCUCCCACUAGCCAGGCUCCUCCCAUAGAGUAACUAACUCCUCCCACUAGCCAGGCUCCUCCCAUAGAGUAACUAACUCCUCCCACUAGCCAGGCUCCUCCCAUAGAGUAACUAACUCCUCCCACCAGCCAGGCUCCUCCCAUAGAGUAACUAACUCCUCCCACUAUCCAGGCUCCUCCCAUAGAGUAACUAACUCCUCCCACUAGCCAGGCUCCUCCCAUAGAGUAACUAACUCCUCCCACUAGUCAGGCUCCUCCCAUAGAGUAACUAACUCCUCCCACUAGUCAGGCUCCUCCCAUAGAGUAACUAACUCCUCCCACUAGCCAGGCUCUCUCAUAGAGUAACUAACUCCUCCCACUAGCCAGGCCCCUCCCAUAGAGUAACUAACUCCUCCCACUAGCCAGGCUCCUCCCAUAGAGUAACUAACUCCUCCCACUAGCCAGGCCCCUCCCAUAGAGUAACUAACUCCUCCCACUAGCCAGGCUCCUCCCAUAGAGUAACUAACUCCUCCCACUAGCCAGGCCCCUCCCAUAGAGUAACUAACUCCUCCCACUAGCCAGGCUCUCUCAUAUAAUGUGAGAUUAAUGUAUUCUUUGACAUGAACAAUAUAUUCACCAAAUAAUGUCAAUAUUGGGGGGGGGGGAAAUUGUAAAAUGUGAUGCCAUAUUGUGUCUUUCGCUGUUAUUCUACAUCAUGUAGUGCCAUACAGGUUGUCUCCUCUGACACAGAGCCAUAUACACAGUAUAUUUCCAGAGCCAUAUACACAGUAUAUCUCCAGAGCCAUAUAUUUAAUGGGGUUCUAACAUGGCUGUUAUAGAAUGUUGUUGUGUCAUGUUAAUGUGGUUCUAACAUGGCUGUUAUAGAAUGUUGUCGUGUCAUGUUAAUGGGGUUC